AUGGUCUCCGCAGACAACCUCAACCUUGAUGUGCUAGAAGUCAUAUUCUCAUUUCUGUCUGGGAAUGACCUCCCUGCAGUAGCUCUGGUCAGUCAGUCGUUCCUCGUAGCGGUCAUCCCGAGACUGUACCAUACGAUUUCAUAUCGGAUACGUCAGGGGAAAGGUUAUGCUUCGGGAGAGACAAUAUCACCGUUCGCGGCGGUAAUAGCCCAUCCGCACCUGGCUAUUCACGUUCAAAACAUCGAGAUCAGCACCGUUCCGACCGUGAAAUCGGUUGUGCAUCCCGUUUUCGUGCGAGAAUGUAGGGAAGCUCUGCGGAUAUGCAAGAACCUCAAGUCAUUCAAAUGUAUCGUGCAAAAUGUUCUACCCAUGUUCCUUCCGGCCUUGCAGGAGAAAGGACGCUUAAACACGCUUCGCAUAUACGCCAACCUGACGACAACGCAGGCAACGAUGCUCGUAAAUAUCACGGGGUUGGAGAGUUUAAGCCUAGAAUUCGCCUCCUGGAAUACUGUGGAUUUGCUGCCUUCUUGGAGUUCAUCUUUAUCUCGCACUCUCACGACGUUGUCUCUCUAUAUGAUCAAUGUACUCCAUGAAGACAUCUUUGCAUCGGUUCUGGGUAAUUUGCCAAAUCUAGUGGGCCUCCACGUUGUUGGCUGCCCAAAGUUGGAUCAUGUUGCAAUUUUCAAACAUCUAACAAAGACGCCGCUUCUCGAAAAUCUCUCGAUAACGGUGACAGAGACCACCAAACCACUUCCACUAAUUCCGCUUGCACUUCAUCACCUGAGGAACCUUGCACUUGAUGCAAAAUACACCAUGCAACCUUCUCCUGUCACGGUUUUGGCUUCUGUGUUGACGUAUCUGAAUUCAUCGUCUCCUUCUCUGUCUUCGUUUGCCAUUAAAAUGCCAGAACGCAAGGUUGUCGUGGGAGAGCCAUUCAUUGACCUGCUGAUAGACAACCACCAAAGUACCUUACGGAGACUUGCAUUCCUUGAUUGCGGUGUUAGCAGAGAGUCGAUCAUCAAAAUUUGUAAAAAGUGUCUUCGCCUGGAAAGACUAGACGUUGCAAUUCCUAUGAAAGAACUUGCUGCCUUCGCGAUGAAUAUUUCGCAUUCCCGGACAUUGCGCACUAUCGUAGACGUGGAUAAUCAUGUCGAUCAUAGCAUGCAACCAACACUCACACAUGACACCGUGAGGCUCAUGAUGAUCCAAUGCCGUAGCCUUAUGCGCAUCGUCACAAAUCGCAGGAUCUGGACUGGCAAAGUUGACGCCAAUAACAACGUAAUCGUAUCGCUUGAAAAGCGCCCUUCGCGCCGACAUGGCUCGCUUUGGUUUAUGCCCCGAGAUUAA